GUAUAUACGGAUCGGUGUGGCUCUCAGUGAACCGGCUAAGCUAAUCAAUUUAAAGCAAAUGAGUAUUCAAUGUACCGAAGUAAAUCGAAAUAAUAGUCGAAGCAUACAUAAUCCGCGACAAUUGCAACCGAACACAACAAAUUUAUAGCCGCAAUUAAAUCCUCGACCAUAAAUCACGGAAUAUGGCCGGGGCAAUCAAAGUGUUGAACCCACACGCAUCGGCAGCCGCAGUCAACGAUUUGAGAUAAAAGAGAGCGAGAGUGUGUUUUACCCCAACAUAGCAACUGCCUUAAAAACACACAUAUAUCCAACAAAAAAAGUAAACUCAAGGAUAUAGAUAAAUAUAUAUAUCCUGCGGCUACAAUAUGGCCUGCUUUCCCCGACUUUUCCAUCAUCGCAGCAAAAACAAAUUUACCCCCGCCCAAGAUGAAAACACCGAUACGAUACUCAACACACAAGAUAGCCCCGUGCAAAUUGGCCUGUACAUUCGCCGCGAGGAGAAGCCACUGUACUCGCCCAUAAUAACACCCAGUGCCAGCGAGGCCCAACUUCAACGGCUGAGACAGCAGCAGCCCGCCUCCGUCUCCGUGGGCACAGCCUCCGCAUCCUUGCUGGCAUCUUCCUCGCAGCUGCAGCCUGUGGCCGAGAAUGGCAGUGCAAACAAUGGCCUGGAGAAGAAGUUCCACUCGAACAGGGCCAGGCUGCAGCAGCAGCAGGAGGAGGAGAGGGUGGCCAAUGCAAUUAAUGUCAAACGCUCAAAUUCAAAAUUAAAACCAGUCAAAGAGCGGCGACCCACGGCCCUGCCCACCGAGGUGCCCAGCAUUGAUGUGGAGGAGGUCCAGGACGACGAUGUGGCUUCUAAUGCACAUGCCGAUGCCGAUGAUGCCGAUGAUGAUGAUGAUGUCGUAGAUGGCGGCAAGUCAAAACUCAAAGUGAAUGUGAAUGGCAUAAUUGAUGAGGGCGGCACCGAUGAUGGUGGUGCACAACUCAUGGCACCGAUACAGACCGAGGCGCCCGUAAAGUUUUUCAUUGGUCACACGCAGGAACUAAGCGCCCACCAAACAGAUGACACCUUGUCCUGCCAGAGUGGUGAUACCAACAACAACAACAACUGCAGUAGAGGGGAGAGCAAGCUGACAAAUGGUUUCCUGCCACAGGAGCGACGGGAACAGGACAGUAACAGUAACAGUAACAGCAACAGCAAGAGGAACCUCCAGGCUCCGCCCCUUCGUACCCAGAGCUCUAGCAAUGUGUCACUCAAUUAUCCCCAGGCCAAGAGCCAGGCGGCAGACAGUCACCGUCGUCGACGUGUGUCCACGAUGCCAGAUAUUAACAUACCGCCGGCACCGCCAAUGCCUCCGGAGCUCCUUGUGCCCGGAACUCCGCUUCACUUGCGCAAGAAGCGGAGUACAGAGCGUCCUGCACAGGACGAGCAGGCGGCGAAUAAUCAAGAUCAAAGAACUAGGCCCAAGGAGGACGUCGGAGGAGACGAGAGCAAGAGUGGAAAAUCCAACGAUUCCUUGUCCCCAAAGGCACAGCGCGUGGAAGGUGGCCUCAUCCAUGUCCGACCAAAUUUCCCCAUUCGAGGCGACAUUGAAAUCGAAUUUAUUGCCAAGGACGAAGUCACACGCAAUCUCAUACGAACGGCCAUUGAGCGCAAUGAUUUCCUCAAUAAUCUAAUGGACAAGGAGCGCAAGGAGAUGGUUAUCAAUGCAAUGGCCCCGGCCAGCUACAAGAAACACAGUAUCAUUAUCCAGGAGCACGAGGAUGGAUCCGAGAUAUAUGUGUCCGCGGAGGGUCAGUACGAUGUUAUCCGUGCGGGUCAGCUGGUGGGUAGCUUUGGUCCCGCCACGGUAUUCGGUGAACUGGCCAUCCUUUACAAUGCCCCCCGUCAGGCCACCAUCAAGGCCUCAACGGAUGCACGCGUCUGGAAAAUUGCCCGCGAAACCUUUAGGGCCAUCAUGCAAAUCUCUGGUUCGAAGGAGCGCGAGGAGAACCUGCAGUUCCUGCGGUCAGCUCCAUUCUUGCAGGAACUCGACCAGAGUCUGCUGCACAAGGUCGUAGAUCUCCUGCAGAGGAAAUUCUACGAGACCGAUACCUGCAUUGUGCGCGAAGGCGAGUUGGGCAAUGAGUUCUACAUCAUUCGCUGCGGAACUGUGACCAUAAAGAAGCAGGAUGACCAGAAGCAGGAGCAGAUUGUGGCCAAGCGGAAGCGAGGUGACUACUUUGGGGAGCAGGCACUGCUCAAUGCGGACGUGAGGCAGGCCAGUGUUUAUGCUGAUGCUCCAGGCACUGAGGUCCUCGUCCUGGACAGAGAAGCCUUCAUUAGCUAUUUAGGAACCAUUAAGCAGCUGCAGGAGAAGCCCAGCAGUCAGCGAAGUGACACCAGUGGAAGACCCAGCAACAAAUCCCUGGAAUUUGAUAACGAAUACUCCCAUGUGGCCAUUUCGGAGCUAAAAAAGAUCGCCACUCUGGGUUGCGGUGCCUUUGGACGCGUUGACUUGGUGUCCUACAACCAAAAGGCAUUGGCCCUUAAGAUAAUCAAGAAAAUCGAGGUGGUCAAGCAAGAUCAAAUAGAGCACGUUUACAAUGAGAAGAACGUAAUGAAUAAGUGCCGCCACUCGCCCUUCAUAGUAGAGUUAUAUCGCACGUACCGCAAUGACAAAUACGUUUACUUUCUAAUGGAGGCCUGCAUGGGUGGUGAUGUGUGGACGGUGAUGUCAAAGCGCCAAUAUUUCGAUGAGAAGACCGCCAAAUUUAUAGCCGGAUGUGUAGUUGAAGCAUUCGAUUACCUGCACUCGCAUCAGUUCAUCUACAGGGACUUGAAGCCGGAGAACCUGAUGCUGGGCACGGAUGGUUAUUGCAAAUUGGUUGACUUUGGUUUCGCCAAGUUUGUGCGGCAGAAUGAAAAGACCAACACCUUUGCCGGCACUCCGGAGUAUGUGGCGCCAGAGAUUAUCCUGGAUCGUGGCCACGAUCGUGCCGUAGAUUAUUGGGCCCUGGGUAUUCUGAUAUACGAGCUCCUGGUUGGUAAAACCCCCUUCCGAGGGGUUAAUCAAAUUAAGAUCUAUCAGCAAAUCCUCAGUGGCAUUGAUGUCAUACACAUGCCCUCAAGGAUUCCCAAAUCCGCCCAGCACCUGGUCAAGCAUCUCUGCAAACAGCUGCCGGCGGAGCGAUUGGGUUACCAACGCAAGGGAAUCGCAGACAUUAAGCGGCAUAGUUGGUUCGAGAGUUUGGAUUGGCAGCAGCUGAAGGCCAAGCAAUUACCUUCUCCCAUUAAGAGACCUCUGAAGAGUUGGAGCGAUCUGCAAUACUUUGGGCCAUCGGGUGUGGAGAAUGACUAUGAGCCGCCAGAGGAGCUAAGCGGCUGGGACAAAGACUUUUAAAGGAGCGAAAAAUAAAUGAGUAAUUAAUCGGAUAUUAGGUAAUAUAUAUUCUACAUAUAUAUAUCUAGGGAGCCUUUAAAAUCCCUCAUAGCAGCCAUAACAUUUAACUUUGAAAAUACUUCUUUAAGUUUCUACACAGAUGUUGUUAUAUAUUUUAUUAAAUUGUAAAAAUUUGUAUAAUAGGUAUAACCAUAAGUUCGACGAAAUUUAAUUAGUCUAGAUUUUUUACGCAACUAACUAAACAUGAACAACUAUAAAACUUAACAAGAAGGAACCCAUAUUCCAGUAGAAAAGCAAUUCCAAGGUCUUGCCUGUCUUGUAUGUCCUUUUACAAAGAAGAAAUCUAAGGUUAAAA